AUGGCUAGAAAUCCCAAAGACUCGCGAUUAUUGCAAAAGAUUCUUGAGCUGAAUAACUAUGACCACAUACAAAAGAUUCUUGAGGUUCUUAGUUCUAUUUAUGAAGUGAUGAUAUAUGAAUAUGGACAUGCUCUCUUUGUAAAACUUGUUGAGUUCUGCAACAACCAACAGUUGCACCUAAUUCUCAGUACAUUUCAGUUUCAUAUGGAUUUGUUUCUACAAACAGCUUUUACAAAGAAUGGUUCAAUGUCGAUUGAAAUGCUAAUUUUAUUUGCACUGAUGACUCAUCGAGUAGAAAGACACAUUGUUGAAAAGUGUUUCCGUGUGUUAAAUGAGAAGCAGAAUGAGGUUCUGUAUCGGGUUAUUAGUUAUUUCAGAGAUUUGGCUACAAAUGUGAAUGGAUGUUGUAUAUCUUUGGAUGUUUGCAUUGAUCAUAUCACUAACCCUCUCAGAAAGGAACUACUGGAACGAAUUGUAAACCAGUCAGCUUACUUUGCUCAUGAUCCUUCGCGGAACUAUGUUGUGCAGCAUAUUCUUAAACUCGGGGACAUAGAGAUUUCAAAUAAGGUGUGCCUUCAACUUGAGAAGGAGUACAUUCAACUAGCCUUCAAAAGAACUGGUAACCGUGUUUUUGGAAAAUGCUUAGAGUCAUCAAAAGUUGAAACAAUUUCAGUAGUUGAUGUUCUUCUAACGGAUGCAAAAGCAAUAGCUCGACUUGCCAAACAUUUUUAUGGCAGUUAUGUGAUUCGGAAAGCGUUGCAAUACACAAAGGUGCAUGGACAGGAAGUGCGCCAUCAAGAUCUAGUAAGUUUUAAAGGCACAUAG